UGGACUAUGUGAGCGGGCUAUGUCACAUGAUAUAAUUUAGUGUCGACUGUUCAGCCCGUCAUGCAUAUGGAGUGUCUGUUCACAUCGGCAUUCUUCAGGAGCACGUCAUUGGUGUGUUGCUGAUGGCAGCCAUAGUAGUCCCUUCUCUUUGGAAAUGGCCCCAGUUGACAGGAGUACGCUAUGCAGACGAGUUCUCUGCCAUGAAACCAUCCAGGACUCCUCUGACCAGUGACAAACCAAAGGAAUUGGAAGCACGGUCCAAGAGCAUGGUGCUUGGAGAGUUGUCUCGGGUCUCCAGGCCCUGCUCUCCUCUGGAUCAGGAGAAAACCCUGAAGGCAGGCUGGCUGAAGAGACAGCGGAGCAUCAUGAAAAACUGGCAGCUGCGUUGGUUUGUCCUGAGGACUGAAGCUCUGUACUUCUACAAGGACCAGGAUGAAACCAAGGCACAGGGUUGUAUUCCUCUUCAGGGCAGUCAGGUCAAUGAGCUGCCUGCCAAUCAGGACGAGCCUGGACGUCACCCUUUUGAAAUCGUUCCAGGGGGGGCUGGAGAAAAGGAUCGAACUGGCAUAAGCCACGAAUCUUUCCUGCUGAUGGCCAACUCUCAGAGUGACAUGGAGGAAUGGGUCAGAGCAAUACGUAGAGUCAUAUGGGCUCCACUUGGAGGAGGUGUCUUUGGGCAGCACCUGGAGGAGACAAUGUUGUACGAGAACCAGUGUGGCCCUCAGCGACUGGUCCCCGUGCUGGUCGAACAGUGUGUGUGUUUCAUACGUGAACACGGGCUGGAGGAGGAGGGCCUUUUCAGGGCCCCAGGACAGACCAAUCAUGUUCGAGAGCUGCAGGAUGCCUUUGACCGUGGCGAGAAGCCAGUGUUUGACAGUACCACAGAUGUCCACACAGUGGCAUCGCUGCUAAAGCUCUACAUACGGGAGCUGCCAGAGCCUAUAAUCCCAUUCUCCAAAUACACACAGUUUCUCUCUUGUGCUCAGCUUCUUACCAAGGACAAAGCGAUGGGUAUCAUAGAGCUAGGCAAACAGGUGAAAUCUCUUCCUCAGGUCAACUACAACCUCCUCACAUACAUCUGCAAGUUUCUGGAUGAGGUCCAAUCUCACUCCAAUGAGAAUAAGAUGAGUGUUCAGAAUCUGGCCACUGUGUUUGGACCCAAUAUCCUUCGGCCCAGGGUGGAGGAUCCAGUUACCAUGAUGGAGGGAAGUUCACAGGUGCAGCACCUCAUGACUGUGCUGAUCAGUGAACACACCCGACUUUACCAACGGGAGGAGCCAGAAACUGACGCCAAGAUUCCCCUGCAGCAACAGCUGAGUCCUGGCCAACGCGGCAAAGUAGAAUGGCUCCCACAAGAAGACGCCAACACCCCACCCUCCAAAACCCCGAAAGAGGAACCCCGGUCUUCCACCCCUACUACAGAAAGUAAGCCGACUGCACCGAGCCCUAUUACAACAACGUCAGAGAAAGGUGAGGAUAGUGAGACUGAAGGGAAGGUCAAAGGUAAGACAGAAGAGAAAAUGGAUGGAAAAGAAGACAGCAAAAGUGAAGGGAAAGGUGAAAGUGAAGUAGCUGUGAGCCCCAGUAAACAGUCUAAAGCCCUUCCCUCCUGGAGGAGCUCCUUCAAAGGUGGUGGUGCAGCAUCUGGGGGACCGAGGGGCAAAAUAGGGGGGUCAGCAGGAGAUGUGUCAGCAGCUGCUGGGAGCAACUGGCUGAUGAAUGGCCUGUCGUCCCUCCGAGUUCACCGGCGCACCACCUCAUCUGGUGAAAGACUCAAAGACUCUUCUCUAAAGGAUUCAACCCUCUCCCUUAAAGAGACUACUCUUCCACUAAAGGACUCACAGAGAGACUCUGAUGAAGACUCCUCUCAAAUGCCCCUGUCUAACAGAGUCCUUCUCCAAUCCCACAGACUGUCUGCCUAUGACAACGUAGCCCCCUCCAGUCUCAGCCUGCCUGCUGACACCUCCUCCAUCUGGACGUCCUUUGAGAUCUCUCUGGCCGAGCCGGAGGGAAGUGAAAAGGCGGUAAAAUUAGGGCAGGGUCAAGAGAAAUCCACAGAGGUGAGGGACAGUACAAGUACUCUGGAUCACAGUGCAAGCGGCACUGAGGAUGAUCUCACAGGAACAAAUGAAGGUCUCAGCAACAUGCUGACUGAGCUCAAACAGGAGCUGAAGAAACAGAGGACGAGCUACGAAACCUGCAUUCGCAAGUUGGAGGAAUCCUGUUCUAAGUACCAGGCCCAGGUAAACUGCCUCGAGGAGGAGCUGGACCAGGAGAAGAAGAAGUUCCAAAUGCUGGAGAUCCGACUCAGGAACUCGGAGCGGGCACAUCAAGACGCAGAGAACCGCAACAUUCUCCUCCAGAAGGAGAUGGAGGAGUUCUUCAAAACGCUUGGAGAUCUGACCACAGGGGCAACACGGACCAACUAGACCACACCAACCUGCCUUCAUCUGGUCCAUAAGAGGAGGAGGAGCAGGAUUACUGGGAAGACCAGCCAGCCCCAAAGCUUUGAAGACCAAAUACCUCUAGUGCAGUACUACUUGCCAUCGUGUCCUCUUUAGUACAGCCGUCUUGUGCCUACA